AUGUGCCAGCCCAACUCCGUCGGCGUCGUCUCGUUCUCUGGCCAGGAAACCAUCAGCAAUGUGAUGACCCUGGCGCACGAGAUCGGCCACAGCCUGGGCUUCGACCACGACGACGCGAAACAAUUCUACGGCCAAUUCUGUAACUGCAACUGCACCCACAGAGGAUGCAUCAUGCGGUCGUCCCCAGGAUCUUGCUUGGCAUUCAGCAACUGCACUAUGAGAGAAUACUAUGAUGAAGUAAUAAGAAAAAAUAAGCCUUGUCUGUUCAACAUACCAUCUUUAAAACCAUUUCUGUUUGAACUCUGUGGCAACGGCGUCUUGGAAAAAGGCGAAGAGUGUGACUGCGGCAGUGACGAGUUUCAGCCCGCAGGAAAAAUCUGCAGAGAAUACAGGAGCACGUGUGACCUGCCGGAGUACUGCAACGGCUCCUCGGCCACCUGCCCCGUGGAUGUGUUCAAGCAGGACGGGACGCCCUGCGGGGACAGCGACCGCUGCUACGAGGGGCAGUGCCACAGCCACGAGGCACAGUGCAAGGCUUUGUUUGGCAAAGCCGCCCAUCGUGCCCCGCUGAGCUGCUUCAGGGAAGUGAACGUCCGAGGCGACCGCUGCGGGAACUGCGGCUGGAACGGGACCUACUACACCAAGUGCAAGGAAGAGAACAUCCUCUGCGGAAGGGUGCAGUGUGCUAACAUUAAAAAAGUGCCCGUCCGGCAAGACGGCGAGACCGUGGUUCAGACCACCGUGAACAACGAGCUCUGCUGGGGGCUGGAUUUCCACCUGCCCCUGGACACGCCUGACGAUGGAUCGGUGAAAGACGGCACGUCGUGCGGAAGGAACAAGAUAUGUAUAAACAGGACGUGUGUCAGUGCAGCCUUUCUCAACAGCGACUGCACAGAGAAGCGGUGCAAUGGCAAAGGGGUGUGCAACAACAAGAAAAACUGCCACUGCGAUUUUGGGUGGGCCCCUCCAGACUGCAAGCUGGAAGGAUUUGGAGGCAGCGUCGACAGCGGCCCACCUCCUUCGUACUACUGGGGAGCUGUAAAGAAUAUGGGAAAAGCGGUUGGGAUGCUGGUCUUAAUCUUCUUGGUUUUGGGCGUUUUGGUGUACAAAAGGACUGAAAUUGCGGACUACAUCCAAAGGUGGCAGCUCAGAAGACAGGAAAAAAGGCGCGACACCACUCCUCCUCCUUCAAAAGAGGAGAGUCUAGCAGAGGCAGAGGGAAGUUCUUCUAAGGACUAAACCAGAGCAGUGCCUCUCUGCAGGACACAGGACCCCGAAGGAUGCAAACAGCCUGCACGGGGCUCUGAAAGCAGCCCCACGUACCGCUGGCUUUGUGGGAACUGGCCGCGCUUCCCAAACCUGUCACAUUAGUUUUGGUUUUGUUCCGCUUUAAAUAACAUUACCUUCACUGAAAUAAACAGUUUUUCUUCCUA